AUGGCCGAGAAAAUUUCUGCCUUCCCUCGCCUACUUUUGGCCGGUAGCCCAUCUGCCGCUGAUAAAGGCACGCUAUUGCUGGGUGUGAUAUGUUCCAUCGCAGCUGGUGUUCCCUUCCCACUAAUCGGAGUCCUAUUUGGUCAGCUCCUCGACGAUUUCAACGCAGCCACAUGUAGUGAGUCUUCUGGGUCUUCAGACAGCGAAGAUCAAAGUGGAAUCAACAGCAGAAUCGCCAUCAUCGUAUACCUAGCCAUUGCCCAAUUCGUUCUCAUCUAUGCGCAUCUUUCAUGCUGGAGUCUUCAUGGCGCGCGAUUGGCCCAGAGACUGCGCGAACGUUAUUUGCAGAAUUUGCUUCGACAGGAACCAUCAUAUUUCGAUGAUUUGCCUCCUGGAGAAGUCGCCUCGCGAUUAAAUAACGAUGUUCAGACAAUUCGCUCCGGCACUUCGGAGAAAGUGGGAAUAGUCCUCUCCAGUCUCUCCUUUUUCGUUACGGCUUAUAUUGUAGCCUUCAUCAAAGACUGGAAGCUUGCAGCAAUGUUACUGUCGUUGAUUCCGGCCUAUUUCCUGAUGUCGUUUAUUGGCACUUAUUAUAUCGAAAAAUACUCUGGACUCAUGUCAGACCAUGCAGCUACCGCCGCAUCGAUUGCUUCGGAAGCGCUUUCUAACAUCGUUGUGGUGCAGGCUUUUGGUGGAAAUUCUCGAUUGGAGAACAAAUUCUCUACUGCACUUAAAGCUUCGAGGUCUGAAGGCUUGAAAAAAGCAACGGCGAUUGGUAUACAGUCCGGAUUCUUGUAUUUCAUUGCUUAUUCCGCCAACGGAUUAGCAUUUUGGCAAGGAAGUAAAAGUAUCGCAAAUUCUGUGCGCAACAACACUGCAGGCGUCACUGUUGGUGCUACUUUUACAGUUAUCUUUAUCCUGGUCGAGGGGCUUUCGGGAAGUGGAAAGUCGACUGUCGCUGGUCUGGUCACAAGAUUGUAUGACCCUACGCAUGGCCAAAUUCUCUUCGACGGCCAGGAUAUUCGCGAGGUUAAUGCCCGUGAUUUGAGAGGUUACCUUAGCUUGGUACAACAGGAACCAUCUCUCCUCGACCGUUCACUCUUGGAAAAUAUCGCACACGGCUUGAUAAACUCGAGCCAUGCAAAUCAUGCGCAUUUGAAGACAGCACUUAACAGUUCAGAACUUUCAAAUCUAGCAAAUGAGGUCAGAGAGGGUAAAGAUCUCAUGACUGCUGCAGAAUCACGAGCUCCGGAAAUCGUCGAAAUAGCCAAGUUAGUUCGAAAAGCCGCAGAGCUUGCAGAUGCAGAUUCCUUCAUUACUGCCUUGCAACAUGGAUACGGAACUACCGUCGGAUCUAGUGGACGCUUGAUAAGUGGUGGACAGAAGCAAAGAGUGGCUCUUGCUAGAGCACUUGUUAAGGAUCCCGCUGUUCUUAUUUUGGACGAAGCAACAGCCUCUUUGGACUCAAGAAGUGAACAACGUAUUCAACAGGCCAUCAACAAGAUUGCUAGUGGUAGAACUAUGAUCACUAUUGCGCAUCGUCUGUCCACAAUCACCAACGCGGAUAAUAUCAUCGUGAUGCACAAAGGUCAUAUCGUGGAACAAGGAAGCCACUCCGUAUUGAUGGCUAAGAAUGGAGCAUACGCUGAUCUAGUCAAAUUGCAAGGCCUUGGAUCUGCAUCCGGAAAAAAUGAAAGAGCUAGCAUAGAUAGUGUUAGUAAAUCUGUAGCAACUUCAGUUACCGACGGCGAUGUUGAGAAGAGCAGCCUGAGAAGCGCCCCCCUUGGGGAUGCGGGAAAACCCGAAUUCUCAGCAAAGGAAGAAGCCGUCGCUGAUUCGCCGGAGGAAGAACAAGAACCUGAAACUCCGAACAAAUCUUUAUGGGCUUUAAUGAAGGGCUAUGCUCCAGCAUUGCGACCACACUUGCUUAUGAUAUUUAUCUCCCUUGUUGGCGCCGUUGUUGUUGGCGGAGCUUUCUCUGGCGAAGCCGUCAUUUUCGGAAAUACAGUUGGAAGUCUGAAUCCUUGCAAGAGCGCCAAUUAUAUUGAUACCCGAGGAAACUUCUACGGACUUUUAUUCUUCAUCCUUGCGAUUAUUGAGUUCUUCGGUAAUUUGGUCAGUUGGGCAGGAUUCGGCUGGAUCUCCGAGAAAAUUGUUUUUACGGUGAGAGUCUUGUCAUUCCGAUCAUUGUUCGAACAAGAUCUUCAAUGGCAUCAAUCUGACGGCCGAACACCAGCUGUACUCCUCUCAUAUAUUACCAGGGAUGGUAACGCUUUGGCUGGUUUGAGCGGAUCGGUCAUUGGCACAUUAUUCUCCAUUUCCGUGAAUCUCAUCGCAGCAAUUGUUUUGACUCACAUCAUAGCCUGGAGAAUAGCACUUGUCUGCUUGGCUCUAGUACCACUCUUACUUGGAGCUGGACUGAUGGAACUUCGAGUACUUGGUCAAUUUGAGGAUCGACACGAAAAUGCUUAUACUCAGUCAGUCGACAUUGGUGUCGAAGCCAUUACCUCCAUCAAGAUCAUCGCGUCUCUUUCGCUUGAGGAAGAGACACUAGCGACUUACCGAAGAUCUUUGAAAGGGCCUCGCACGGAGACUUUCAAAGUUAGUCUCCUAGCAAGUCUUUGGCAGGCGACAACCUAUUUCCUUGGAAAUCUUGUGAAUGCACUAGCAUAUUGGUGGGGUGCCAAACAAAUUCUAGCGGGCAACUACACACAAACACAAUUCCUUAUUGUCGUAUUCUCCCUCCUUGUCAGCGCAUUACUCUGGAGUCAAAUGUUCGCUCUCGCACCAGAACUUUCCAAUGCUCGGGCGGCCAUGGCAAGAAUCUUGAGUCUCAUUGAAAUUGGAUCGGAUAAGAUGCAAGGACAUGUGGAGGAUCUACCAUCUACUGAUAUCGAGGCCACGGCCGAAACGAAACCCCCAAUUUCAUCCUCCGGAGCCUCCAGUGUACAACUACGGGAUAUCCACUUCUCCUAUCCUGCUAGACCAGAUAUGCAAGUAUUAAACGGCAUGAACAUUGAUAUUCAGCCCGGAAAAUUUUGUGCUCUUGUUGGUCCAUCCGGUGCUGGUAAAUCGACGAUCAUUUCAUUGGUCGAACGAUUAUACACACCACAAACUGGAUCCAUCAUUAUUGACGGCGUUGACGUGACGAAGCACCGAGAUGUCGCCUUCCGCGAUUCUAUCGCUCUAGUACCACAAGAAAGCGUGCUCUUUGAAGGAACUGUGGAGUUCAACAUUGGAUUUGGAGCUAGACCCGGUCAUGAAGUAAGCAUGGACGAGAUCAUCGCCGCAUGUAAACUCGCCAAUAUCCAUGACACUAUCGCAGCCUUACCAGAUGGAUACCAGACUCUCUGCGGAACCAACGGUAACCAAUUCUCAGGAGGACAGAAACAAAGAUUAUCGAUCGCUCGCGCGCUCGUUCGAAAGCCUAAGUUGUUGAUUCUAGACGAAUCAACUAGUGCUUUAGAUGCGGAGUCGGAAAAGCUCUUGCAAGAUGGACUUGAGAAGGCCGCGAGGGGAAUCACGGUUAUUGCUAUUGCUCAUCGUUUACGGACGAUUAGAAAGGCGGAUAUCAUUUUCUUGGUGGAUGCGGGAAGAUGUGUGGAUCAGGGAUCACAUGAGGAGUUGCUGGAGAGGUCGGAAAGUUAUAGGGCUAAUGUCAUGCAUCAAACAGUGGUUUAG